AUGCUAGUUAGUGUAAAGGGGAUUAAUAUUUUCUUUUUGGAGAGACGGGAAACAGCUAUCUUCAUUCUGGGACCUCUCAUUCUGACCUCAAUUGUAGGCGGUAAUCCAAGUGGCUAUAGCCCUGGAGGCGACUCUCUACAUGACUCAGAUACGAGUCGGCUGCUCACCUUUAGUGUUGAGACCAACAGUCUUUCGGGACCAGAGAGCCUACCUGCCACAAGCACAGCUGUCUCUCCAGCCAUUGGCUCUCCGGCUUCACUUAACACAAUCGUCUCGACCGAUAUCACUGCUGCUACUAUUAGUGGCUAUGCUCCCUUGCAGUCUGCUCUUCAUUCUUCGCUCUCAUCUUCUAUUCUACCACCAUCUUCCUCUCUCGUCUCAUCUGCUACUCCUUUGCAGACCGAAUUCGCCAUUCAUUCACGCGCAUCUACUACGGCCACUCAAUCUACUCGCAUUACAAAUAGCUAUAGCUACUCAUGUUUGACUAGUGGCAUCAGUCACUCCUUGUCCGCUUGCAUCUCCAAUCUCACCUCAACAACUACAAGCGCCGUUGCUGCUUCGUCCUCUUGUUCCCUUGCCUUCGGUUCUGCCAUUUCUUCGACUCCGGGUACUCCACGCCUUUCGCCAAUUUUGCCACACCUCGUGUUAGGCUGUCAGUCGGACGCGAUGUCUGCUAGUGUUUGUGCUCGUUAUGGCAUCACGCAUGUUAUCAAUGUGUCAGUUGAUGGCCCAACUUCUCCACAUGUGCCCACCGACCAAUUCCUAAGGAUCCCGAUAAAUGAUAGCUACACAGACCGCAUGACGCCUUAUUUUCUGGAGGCCUUCGCGUUUCUUAGUGAGCAUUUAAUAAUUGAUUUUUCAUGUUUUACAUAUUUCGACUCAGUUCUUGAAAAAAAAUUACUUGAUGCACAUAGGCGAAACUGCUAUAAGGUCACCCCAUAUGGCGAUUUUUAUUAUUCUUGCACAAGUAGUAAUUAUAUUAUUUUCUAG